AUGUCUCGAAAGUCAAGAAUCAUAGACGUGCCUAACUGCCCAGACUUAUUCCGAUGGAUUCAGCAAUAUCCAAGCAGGGACCAGCAAUCACAGGAAAAUCUGGACAAAAGGGGCAAGAAGUACCAGGCCAGGAAGAAAAAUGAGGGAGAUCCAAAUAUUAUCAAGUCGCCUAGUGAUUACAAGGAAUACAGGCACAUUAAAUUAACAAAUGGCUUAAAUGUUCUCUUAAUAUCUGACUUAUUUGUUGAUGAUGAAAAUUCAUCUGAUGAGGAGGAGGCAAUGUUUGAAAUUGAUGAGCUAGAACAUCAUGGAGCAAAAAAAUCCAGCAGACAUGAAGUGAGGGAUCGAGAAGACAUUUCAGGUGAAGAGGAAGGCAAAGGAGCAUCUAGUGAUGGUACAAUGGAAAGUGAUAUCAGUGAAGAAGAGCACCACAUCAGAAACCUUGAAGAAUAUGAAGAACUGGUUGAAAAAGAAGAUGCCAAGAAGAUGGGGAGCACAGAAAGGCAGUCUGCAGCUGCCCUUGCCAUUUGCGUUGGCAGUUUCUGUGAUCCUGACAAGUUACCUGGACUAGCCCAUUUGUUGGAACACAUGGUAUUUAUGGGUAGUAAAAAAUACCCCGAGGAAAAUGGGUUUGAUGCAUUCUUAAAGACCCACGGAGGUACAGACAAUGCUUCGACUGGCACAGAGCAAACGGUCUUCCAGUUUGAGGUCCAGAAGAAACAUUUUAAAGAAGCUCUCGACAGAUGGGCACAAUUCUUCAUUCACCCACUGAUGAUUCAAGAUGCAAUUCAUCGGGAAAUUGAAGCUGUGGACAGUGAAUAUCAACUAGCAAAGCCUUCUGAUGAGAACAGAAGGGAGUUGCUGCUUGGAAGCCUUGCAAAACCAGGACAUCCUAUGAGAAAAUUCUUUUGGGGUAAUGCAGAGACCUUGAAAUACCAACCACAGAAGAACAGAAUAGAUACUUAUGCAAGGCUGAGGGAUUUCUACAAGCGGCACUACUCUGCACACUACAUGAAUCUUGUUGUCCAGUCUAGAGAAACCCUGGAUACCUUGGAAAAAUGGGUGACAGAAAUCUUCUCACAGAUCCCCAAUAAUGGUAUGCCCAGACCAACUUUCAAUCAUCUGCUGGACCCUUUUGACACGCCUGAAUUUCACAAGCUUUACAAAGUUGUUCCAGUCAAAGAAGUCCAUUGUUUGAGUAUCACUUGGGCUCUUCCACCACAAGAAAAGCAUUACAGGGUGAAGCCUCUUCAUUACAUCUCUUGGCUGAUAGGACAUGAGGGCAAAGGCAGUGUUCUUUCUCUCCUCCGGAAAAAUUUUUUAGCCUUAUCUCUAUAUGGAGGAAAUAAUGAGACCGCAUUUGAACAGAACUCAACAUAUUCCAUCUUCAGCAUUUCUGUCACUUUGACAGACAAAGGUUUUGAAUAUUUCUAUGAGGUUACUCAUCUUGUUUUCCAGUAUCUGAAGAUGCUACAAAGAACAGGGCCUGUGAAAAGAAUAUGGGAAGAGAUCCAAAAGAUUGAAAGCAUUGGGUUUUGUUUCCAAGAACAGACUGGCCCAAUUGAAUACGUAGAAAAUAUUUGUGAAAACAUGCAUUUCUUACAGAAGGAGGAUUUGUUAACAGGAGAUCAGCUCUUGACUGAAUACAAUCCAGAAGUAAUUGCUGAUGCUAUUAACUAUCUCAUCCCCCAAAAAGUCAACCUUUUCCUGCUAUCGCCAGCCCAUGAGGGUCAGUGUCCUCUGAGGGAAAAAUGGUUUGGAACUCAAUAUUCUGUGUCAGACAUUGAUGGAUCUUGGAGCAACCUGUGGAAUACUGACUUCCCAUUAAAUCCAGAUUUACAUCUGCCUGAAGAGAACAAAUAUAUAGCCACAGAUUUCUCUUUGAAGAAAUCAUCUGAUCAUGGUACUAAAUAUCCACACAAGAUUUUGGAUACACCCCGAGGCUGCUUGUGGUACAAAAGGGACAAUAAAUUUCUCAUCCCUAAAGCUUUCAUCUGUUUCCACCUUGUGUCUCCACUGAUACGGCUGUCUGCAACAAAUAUGGUGCUUUUCGAUACUUUUGAAAGUAUCCUUAUUCACAAUCUUGCCGAACUUGCAUAUGAAGCAGAUCUUGCACAACUGGAAUACAAAGUUGUAGUAAAAGAACAUGGCCUGGUCAUUCGCGUGCAAGGCUUUAAUCACAAGCUACCAUUACUUUUUCAGUUGAUUAUUGACCGCAUAGCUGACUUCAGUGUUACGCUAUCAGCCUUCCAGAUGAUAACUGACCAACUGAAAAAGUCAUAUUUUAACCUUCUCAUCAAUGCAGAAACACUGGCAAAAGAUCUACGACUGACAGUACUGGAACAUGGCAGAUGGUCUUUGCUAGACAAAUAUGAGGUUGUAAACAAUGGUCUUUCUAUGGAAGCUCUGGUAACAUUUGUGAAUGCUUUCAAAUCUCGCUUGUGGGUCGAGGGACUUGUCCAAGGAAAUUUCACUAGCAAUGAAUCAAAGGAGUUUCUGAACUAUAUUGCCGAUAAACUGCAAUUCGUUCCACUUGGACACCCAUGUCCUGUACAAUUCCGGGUGAUAGAUCUGCCAGUUAAUCACUUCCUGUGUAAAGUGAAAUCCCUUCAUGUAGGAGAUGCAAACUCCAUUGUCACUGUCUACUACCAGACUGGUCCGAGGAGUAUAAAAGAAUCUGCACUCAUGGAACUACUUGUGAUGCACAUGGAGGAGCCAUGCUUUGAUUACCUGAGAACCAAGCAAACCCUGGGGUAUCAUGUCUACCCUGCCACAAGAAACACAUCUGGGAUCUUGGGUUUUUCUGUUACUGUAGCAACACAGGCAACCAAAUAUAACUCUGAAUUAGUUGACAGAAAAAUAGAAGAGUUCCUUUUCCACUUUGAAGAAAAACUCCAGAAUUUAUCCCAUGAGCAAUUUAAGACUCAGGUCUCCUCUCUAGUAAAGCUCAAACAAGCUGAUGAUGCCCAUCUCGGCGAAGAGGUGGAAAGAAACUGGAUUGAAGUACUCAGUCAGCAGUAUUUGUUUGACAGAUUUGCCCGAGAGAUUGUUGCACUGAAGAGCCUUUCCAGAAAGGAUCUGGUUGACUGGUUCCUGUGGCAUAGGACCAAGACCCGAAAGGUGUUGAGCACCCAUGUGGUUGGAUAUGGUCAACAGGAAGGGGACUCAGGAGUUAAAUUUACCUCUGCUGUUCAGGAAUCCUUAUUCAGUCAAGCACCUGAACUAACAUUUUUACCAUCGUCUCCUAUCAUGAAUUGCUCUGCUAUUAUGGACAUCCGAGCUUUCACCUUAGCUCUGAAUUUUCAUCCUUAUCAUAAGAUAAUAAAAUAA